AUUUUUGUUUUUUUAAAUCGAUUAAAAAACAUAACAAUAACAUAUUCAUUGUAAAAUUUCAUUAGUGGAAUUUUGAGAAAGAUAGAAUGUACAUAUAUUAUAUUCUUAUCUCAUAAUAAAAAAAUAACUAUUUUCAAUAGAUUCUCAGCUUAAAUAAAGCAUUUUAGAAUAAUUUGAAAAACGACGGAGGAAACUCAAACUACUAUUGCAUUAUUGAACAUGCCGUUAAGCUAUAAUUCUGGGGCGGAGCCAUAUUAGAAGAAGCGAUUUUACAGAACACAAUUUCGUUGGAAAAUUAUAUAUAUACUAAAAUAGAAGUGUCAAAUAUUUAUAAAACAUUUCAAAAAUAAAAAUAAUCCUGUUUAAAUUUAAAUGGAAGAAAGUACUAAUAGUAUUUUAUUUUGCAUGAAGGGAGUAAUAAAUAUAUUCACAUUCAUUAUUAAAGUUGUAGUUCUAUAACGUCCCCCCACCCAAUCCCUUUAUUUCUUACCUAUCUUUCUUCUCAGCUUCCAUAUAUAUACAAUAUAAAAAAUGGUCAAAUUAUUCUCCUAGGUACAGAAAAAGAGUUUGAUAGACUUUUGCAAAAAUCAUAAAUUCAGGUACUCACAUACUAAUAUUUCUGUCUCUGUCUUCUUUAUAAAUAUUUGCUUUUGUUCUUUCUUCUGUUAAUUAGUGGUCUUUAAUGGCCUAAGUACAGAAAAAGAGUUUAUUAGACUUUUGCAAAAAUCAUAAAUUCAGGUACUCACAUACUAAUAUUUCUGUCUCUGUCUUCUUUAUAAAUAUUUGCUUUUGUUCUUUCUUCUGUUAAUUAGUGGUCUUUAAUGGAGUUUUUGUUGUUGUUGUAAAGAUUUGUGCUUUUGCUUAAAGAAUGGAUUUUUAUGUGUUUAUGAUUCUUGAUUAGCUGAAUUUACCUUCUUUUAUUGUUUAUAAUUAAUCAUCUGAUGUAUAUAAUAUAUGAACAUUAGCAUAGUUGGGUGAGUUAUAAGAUUCUUUUUACUUUCCUUUUAUAAAAAACUCUUUAUUUUUUUUUGGGUAUUCAGAUUUCUGUUUGGGGGUUACAUUAAUAUUGAUGGUUUAGAUCUGGGUAAAUAUGUUAAUUUUUUUUUGGAUUUUCGCUGGAAAUAAUUUGUACCUAUUUUAUAUUUUUGGGAGAUUAUCUUGGUUUUUUCUUUCAUGUGCAAAUAUCUAUGGUUUUUUUUAUGACCAAUGUAAAAAAGGCAAAGCGCAUUGGUCAUAUAUGGGAUAAAGAAACACAAUAUAAAAUUAUAGUUAAUACCAUGAUUGUAUUUCUCCCUACAUUAUAAAUUUUAUUAUUCUCUAUUUUUCAGCCUAAAAGUGGCCCAAAUAGGUUUGUUGAAAUUCCAAUGAGAAAAAAUAGGUUUUUGUUACAUUUAUAACUUCACAUAAAUCUUUUGUUUCAAUUAGGUUGUAGCGGCAUUUGGGAAUGGCGAACAGCAAGUAUGAAUACGUGAAAUGUUUUGAGGUGGAAGACGAAGUAAUGUACCCAAAUAUCAUUGUUGUUCAAAUUGAUGGCCGCGGCUUUGGCAGUUUCUCGGAGAAGCAUGGAUUUGAGAAGCCGAAUGAUGACAAAGCCUUGAACUUGAUGAAUGCUUGUGCUAUUAAGGUAUUAGAGAACUUCUCUGAUGUUAUAUUUGCGUAUGGAUUUACUGAUGAGUACAGUUUCGUUUUGAAGAAGGAAACCACAUUUUACCAGAGGCGAGCAAGCAAAAUACUAUCCAUUAUUGUGUCUUUCUUCUCAUCUACAUAUGUAACCAAAUGGAAAGAGUUCUUUUCUCAAAAAGAGUUAAGUGUGCCUCCAUCAUUCCAUUCACGUGUUAUCAGCUGUGCAUCAAUGGAGGUUCUUCAGGCAUAUCUUCUAUGGAGACAAACAGAAUGUCAUAUAAGCAAUCAAUACAAUACUUGUUUGUGGAAGCUGGUGUUUUCUGGAAAGUCAGAAAAGGAGGCGAAAGAGAUUCUUAAGGGAAGACAAAAGCAGGAGCAAAAUGAAUUACUCUUUCAGCAGUUUGGUAUCAACUACAAGGACCUUCCGCAGAUUUUUCGUCAAGGGUCUUGUGCCAUCAAGAUAAAGGUGGACGAUAUUGUGAAAUACCGUGAAGAUGGCACUCCUGUUAAAAGACCAAGGAAGAAAGCAAUCAUAGUUCACUCAGAAAAUGUUGCAACAAAAAGGUUCUGGAAUAACUACACAUGCCUUACCGAGGAACUUGGCUCGCUCGCUGAAGGGAUUAACAAGAUUAAACCCGAGUAUUUGAGAUCUUUCCAAUUUGAAAGCAGGUUGAUGUUAUCUACUUGGAUUGUAGUCCGGGUAGAUGGUUGUCAUUUCCACAGGUUUUGUGAAGAUAAUGGCUUUCAGAAGCCAAAUGAUGAACAUGCACUGAAACUUAUGAACUCUUGUGCGGUUUCUUUGCUGAAGAUGUUUAAGGAUAUUAUCUUUGCAUAUGGGAUGAGUGAUGAAUACAGCUUUGUUUUGAAGAAAGAUUCUGUAUUGUAUCAGAGGUGGUCAAGUGAAAUCGUCUCAGCUGUUGUAUCUCUUUUCUCUUCCAUGUAUGUGAUGAAGUGGAAAGAGUUUUUUCCUGAGAAAGAGUUUAAAGAACCACCUUAUUUUGAUGGACGAUCUGUUUGCUAUCCAUCAUCUGAGAUUCUUCGAGAUUACUUGGCUUGGAGACAAGUUGAUUGUGAGUACUCCCUAUCUUAUUUGUUAUAUAAGAAUUUCAAGCAAAUUAAUCUGGUUAUAUGAAGAAAUUUGGGUUUUAUGACCUA